UCCAAAUCUAAUUCGGGUUAAAAUGCUGUUAACUGCUGCAAACGAAUCAGAGCAUGAGAGAAUUAUUUUCUCUGAUGUGUUGAUAACAAGAAAAAGAAACCUCUUCUGGGGACGAAAAUGGAGGACCCUCGACGUUAGAAUGGCCUCUGGGAUUUUCUCUCUACAUGUUUUGGCACUUUUUGCUCCAUCUACAUUCAGUUGGGAUGCUUUUUGGUAUGCAAUAUUGUUUUAUUUUUUAACUGGAAUGUUGGGUGUUACCAUGUGUUACCAUAGGGUUCUAGCGCACCAUAGUCUCAAGCUACCCAAAUGGCUCGAAUACACGUGUGCUUAUUUAGGAGUUCAAGCUAUCCAGAGGGAUCCAAUAUAUUGGGUGAGUAUUCAUAGGUAUCAUCAUCAAUAUGUUGAUUCGGAGAAAGAUCCACAUACCCCCACUUACGGAUUUUGGUUUAGUCAUAUGGGUUGGUUAUUUGACAGCGGCUAUAUCAUGGAGAAGUACAACAAGCGUAAGAAUGUAGAAGAUUUAAAAAGCCAAGCGUUCUAUAGAUUCAUCAAAAGGACGUACAUGUGGCAUAUAUUUGGAUUUGGCAUAUUCAUUUAUGCUUGGGGUGGUUUCCCAUACCUUGUUUGGAUUUUGGGUGUGAGGACCACAUUGGUUUACCACAUGACUUUCCUAGUAAAUUCAGCAUGCCAUAUUUGGGGAAAUCGAGCUUGGAACACCAAUGAUUUGUCUAGAAAUAAUUGGUGGGUGGCAAUGGUUACCUUUGGAGAAGGGUGGCAUAAUAAUCAUCAUGCUUUUGAGUACUCGGCUCGACAUGGUUUGGAAUGGUGGCAAAUUGAUCUAACUUGGUAUUUAAUUUGCUUUCUUAAAUCAGUGAGAUUAGCCACCAGUGUGAAGUUGCCGACUCAAGCUCAGAAGCUUAAGAAAUCGAUUGCUUGUGAUAGCAAAUUAAAAUGAUCUUUCAACAUUUCACAAGCGAUAUGCAUCAAUUCGUCUUCGGUUAAGAUUUUUAAUGUCGCAUAUA